GUUUCUGUUCCAAUUCCAGCUUGAGUUAGAGUCGGUCAGAGCCCGGUGUUCGGCAAUAACCAAGCAAAACCACCUGCUGAACGAAAAGGUGAAAGAGAUGAGUGACUAUUCGCUGCUGAAAGAAGGGAAUCUGGAGCUCCAGGCGCAAAAUAAGUUACUUCAACAACAGCUGGAGGAGACCAGAAACGAGAACAUGUGUCUCCUAAACCGUGUGGACACACCCCGUGCUGCUGGCUGGAGUCCUGGUCCUGCCAGAAUGCCCUGGCCAUCACCCGCCGUGUCCAGGUACAGUCCUUGGGUCUACAUGCCGCCCGCCCCUCCGGAGCAGGCCAGUCUUCAUCAAAGACAGACAGAACUUGAGGACCAAGGAGAAUUUUCUGAUCCGGACAAGCCUCCUUUUAAGGACAAUGAGGAAUUGGGAUCCUCUUUUGAAUCUGCAGGGAGCUCACCGAGGCAGUUUGAAGCGGACGACCUCCAUGCCACUGGCGACAUGCCUCACGUGGGUGCCACUGCCGCCGUGUCUGCCACACCUGUCUCCUGUCGCCACCCGAGUAAGUUUUGCUUGUUGGAGUUAACAAAAUAGGUUAACGAAUUAGUA